UGCGCUGGCUCACGACCUCCUGGAGGCAGCGGGAUGGAACCUGGACACUGCCCUAGCCAUGUACGAUGGCUUCUAUAGUACUGAGGCCGUUGAGCCAGAAGAUGAGAUUCCUCCAGAGCUCUACUCCACACUGAGUGACAGAGACCACCAUUAUGAGCGAGGAGGAGAGGGAGGAGAGGUGAGGGAGCGAGAGGAAGAGGAGGGAGGGGAAGGAAACGACGCUCUCACUGCACUAGACGCCUCGUUCGAGACUCGUAGAGACAUGCUCGGUCGAAACAGGAUCGGCCGGGCAGACCGAGGCCUCUCGUUCCUGGCAGACGACAUUGUCGACAGGUUCCACAAGGUGGCCAUCAGCAAACACAGAGUCGAGCCAGGAGGAGCAGACUGUCAUUGACGACCAGUUCUUCCGACAUUCGUUUGUCUAUCCCGACUUCUCCUCGCUCGACUCUGGGCUGCAGGAGUUCAUAGCUGCCGACCUCAUCGAUAUUUCACUCAGGACCUCCCUGGAGAAGACCAGUGAGUGUACUGGAGCCACUAUAGCAUAUCAUUUUUCUCUUGUUGUGUUAAACACAC